CCCCUCUCUCCCUCCUCUUCCUCUCUUUCUCUCUUUUUUUUUGUUUCGACUUUCCAAAAACAUUCUUUGUUCACACACACACACACACACACAGCAGCAGCAGCAGCACCAACAGCAUCAACACCACCACCACCAUCACCACCACCCAAAAAAAAAUUUAACACACAAACCAGGAAGGUAAUGGCAACAGCAUCAGAGAAGGGCGAGGCCUGAGGUAUGGCUGACUCGCGACUGGAAAUCUCACACCUGGGAUUUCCCCGAUGUUGACGGCUUCUGGUGAAAAGCGGCCAGCUGCGAUUGCACAGAUAUUGGAAAUUGUAGCUUGGGAAGUGUGCAAUGAUCUCAGCUGUGGGAGACAAAGCAGAUACAAUAGAGGAAUACUUUGAAUAUGAGGCAGAGGAGUUUUUGCUUUCUCUGUCCUUGUUGAUCACGGAAGGUCGCACACCAGAAUGCUCGGUGAAAGGUCGUACCGAAGGGUUUCACUGCCCUCCAGCACAGCUCGGACAAUCCUUAACUACGAAACACGAAUGCAUUGAAAAACUGCCCCAGUGUUGUGAAGCCAGAAGAACCAGAUCAGAGAUUUUGCUUCUGUGGAGAAAUAAUAUUCCCAUCAUGGUUGAAGUGAUGCUGCUUCCUGACUGUUGCUAUAGCGACUCCGAUGGUCCAUCCACGGAGGGGAGUGAUAUAAACGACCCCGCGAUCAAACAGGAUGCUUUGCUACUGGAAAGGUGGUCCUUGCAGUCAAUGUCCAAACAAACUGGAGAUCGUUUCAUCGAAGAGAAAUCCCUCCUGCAGGCUGUCCGCUCAUACGUCUUCUUUUCACAACUGAGCGCUUGGCUGAGCGCAUCCCAAGGUGCUGUCCCACGCAAUAUUCUGUACCGGAUAAGUGCAGCAGAUGAAGACAUGUUGCUAAAUUUUACCCAGGCUCCAGUCGAACACGUCUUCCCAGUACCCAACAUAACCCACAGUCUGGCCCUGCGAGUGACUGUGCUUUCUCUGCCAAGGCAGCCCAGUUACCCACUGUUGGCUUGUAGCAUUCACACUACCCUUAGCUUCUAUGGGAAAAAUAUCCCCAGUCAAGAGAAGGACACAUUUCAACCCCCGAUUGCUAAGGAACGCGAUCGCUGCAGUACACCGGGAGCACAACAGAAGUACACGAAGCAAACAUUUACGGGUGUCCAAAACCAAGCGCUGCUGCCAUCGAGUACGGUCAAUGCACGAAAAUGUCCUUCUGAGAUCACGGGACCAAGCAAAGCUGCAAGAUUAUUCCUUCCAUUAAACAGUGCUGAUAAAGUGUCUGAAGUCAGGAAUUCACAAUCUAAGACCCCAUGCUGUAAUUGGGCAAAUGCUGCUGAUGCAAUGAAAGUGCAGCCUUAUGAAACACACGCAGUUAAGACCUUAAAGUCCUUUUCAGCGACUGAUUCCAAUGAAACGAGCAGCUCAUCCUCUCAUGUUCUUUCAGGCGAGACUAAUCCUUUGAUCGGGUGCUUGCUUCAGGAAAGGGAGGAAGUGAUUGCUCGAAUUGCCCAACAAUUGAAUUAUUGUGAUCCAAACCCUCCACUCAUUGCUGGAAGCAAUUUUAGUACUGUUCAAGAGCCAAGUUCAACGAGCCGAAAACUAUUUCCGGGGUCAUACGAAGAAGAAAGCCUGAAAAAUGAGGCCCUUUGCAGCUCUGCUACCUGCACUGAAAGCAAUUUACUGGACAAUAGACUUGAGGAGAAGAGCAGGACCUCUUCCACCCAUACCCCAGUCACCGUAAGUAGAAAGGCAAAAGCUGGCAAUGAAAAAACCACUUGCCGAAAGCCACAAGCGCGAAGAAAGCUGUUCCUAGCAGACACUUUUACUGAUACCAACGACACAGCCGAAACCGAGCAUCUCACUGAAAGAACUGUAGGUAAACCUGAUGUAUUGGAAUUAUCACCAACUCAUUACUCCUCCCUCGUUAACCGCAAAUGCCCGAAAGAAUCCGGGAAAGCUGUAGCAGCCGAACAAAAUAAAGUCAAGUCAUCGUGUACUGUUACCCUUCGUAAGGACACUGUGAACUGUACAGAUAUAUUAGAACAUUUAAUUGACAGAACUUGCACCAAGAGCUGUAGGGACCGAAAGUCUAGCAAUGCAGUUGCUGAUUCAGACUCCCAACAUGUGCGUUUGCUCCAUACCCACCGCGACGUCUCGCAGCUUGAUAAGGCAAGUGCAUGCGAUUUGGGACAAUCAGACUCUUUUCACCUCAAUAACACGAACCCGGUCAAUUGGACAGACAAUGACUUCAACAAUGCAAAAAAUAAACCAGCGUAUACAGAAUGCUUGAACACCCAGCAUUCGGAUCCCCAGAGCUGCCCAGAGCUCAGCCUUUCUCGAUCGAAAAGCGAACGCAAUAAAUUGGACGUUUCCAGCAGUCUGUACAUCGGCACGUUGAGGCCGAUCGUUAACGAAACUGUCACAUCCAAAACCGACCAAGAUAGAGCCGACCUGGAGACCCAGACUCGUAGCUCGACACAAAGCACGUGCAGUUCAACUGUGCCAAGAAAACUCAACGGAGACUGUAAGGAAAAGCGCGGAGAAUCCCAGAUUCAAAAUAAAAUUGUAUCAAAAUCUCCUCUGAAGCCUUGUGGUAAUGUUUGGAAGAAGCAAAUUCGACGAUCAUUAGAUGGGAUUUCCACCAAAGUUUUUCACCCAUGCACUGGAUUACCCUUACUUUCAAGCCCUGUUCCACCUAGAAAAAAACAAUCUGGUUAUUUUGACCUGGAUGCUUCAUUGCAAAGACUAAAAGGAGUAGCUUUUAGAAGUCCGAGAGCGUAUCUAAAACCAGAGAAUGAUGCUGAUCAAAGGAAACAGCUCCUGAGUAUCAGUGCCCCACCAGCAACUAGUCUCAGUCUUCUUGGAAACUUUGAGGAAUCCGUCCUGAAUUUCCGCUUGGAACCUUUGGGAAGCAUCGAUGGUUUCACUGCUGAAGUGGGAGCGAGUGGCACAUUCUGUCCCAGCCACCUGACUCUCCCAGUCGAAGUGUCAUUCUACAGUGUAUCUGAUGAUAAUGCGCCAUCACCCUACAUGGGUUUGAUUAACUUGGAAUCCUUGGGGAAAAGAGGCUAUCGAGUACCUCCAUCAGGAACAAUACAAGUGACCUUAUUCAACCCAAACAAGACAGUGGUUAAGAUGUUUGUUGUGAUCUAUGACUUGAGAGACAUGCCAGCCAAUUACCAGACAUUCCUACGACAGCGGACUUUUUCUGUUCCUGUGAAACGUGAACCUGUUGGACACGCCAAUAAAGAAAACGUCAUCCAGACUGAAGAAAGGAUACUUCGCUACCUCAUACAUUUGAGGUUCCAGAGCUCAAAAUCUGGAAAGAUCUACCUCCACAGAGAUGUCAGACUCCUUUUUUCUCGAAAGUCUAUGGAAGUUGACAGUGGUGCCGCGUACGAGUUAAAAUCUUACACAGAAGUUCCAACAAACCCUCAUUUCUCACCACGAUGUUAACCCUUUGUAUUCUUAAGGACUUUUUUGAUUUUUGUUUUUAUUUUUUUUCCCCUCUGGAGAAUGACACAUGAGGGCUCGGCUAAUUAACGGGAAUAAAGUAAUGCACAAUACAUUAAUUGUGAGAAAUGAUUGGUACUAGUCUUUUAGAACCCCAGCACCUAAUAGACGGUGGACCAGCUUUGUCUUUUAAGUGUUUUAAAUAAACUCCCUUGUACUUCAAGCAAAACAGUAGACUGGAAUGAGAACCAUGAUGUCCUAUUAUUAUCUGUACUGUUACGACGGAAGUCACAAACCACUUUAUUGGAUGUGUUGCAAUAGUAAAAACAAAACAGAAGUAGUUUAGUGUUUUAAACUUAUUUUAUUUGUUUUUUUAUUUAAUAUUUAAAUUAAUGUUUCACUUAUUGCACAGGUAAAUUUGUCCUGUUUUAGUGUUAUAAUGUAGCAUAAAGUUCUCUAUGUAAAAUCAUACUCUGUAUUUUUGACAUGAAUAAUACACAAAUAUACAAAAUAUAUGUAAA